AUGUAUGCUUUUGACACACCAACUUCAACACUGGUAAUUAAAGGCAAGAAAUUAAGCUUUGAUAAGAAAGACAUGCAUACUAUUUUACGUGUCCUUUAUGGUGGGAAAGAUAUUGUUUUGAAUAGUAAUAAUGAAUCAUCUGAAGUGUUGAGGAAGGAUUAUAUUGGCAAACCUUUCAUUAAGUUAAAGAAUAUGAUAAUACUAGAAGAAAAACAGGAGGAAGUUGAAGGUGGAGAUGGAGAUGGAGAUGAAGCUGAAGAUGAAGAUAAUGAUGAUGAUGAUAAUGAUGGAGAUGGAGAUGGAAUUGAAGAUAAAGAUAGAGCUAUAGAUGUAAAUGAAGAUAAAGAUGGAGCUAAAGUUGAAGAAGAAGAAGCAUGUAGAGGCAAUGAUGAUUAUGGUAUUGAUGGACAAUAUGAUGAUGGUAAGGAAGAAAAAGAAGAACUUAUACCUACAUAUAAAAGUGAAGAAAGAUAA